UACGCCUAUAACUGGCCGUCACCCCUAGCUGCGUCGCCGACCAGUCCCGUCAAACGCUUAUUGCUAGUCCAUCGUCAACCUCCCGAUUAUAGCUUUCAAAUUCGCCCACCAUGCCUUCCCAACGACGCAUGAGGGCGUUUUUAUACAUCGCCUUGGCCGGUUUCAUCACGUUGCUCUUCUUCACCUCGCGUGCCCGCCAUGCGCAAGAGCCCGAUGCCCGUUCGAUCCAAGAUUUCUACCACAAGACCAAAAGUGCGAUGGAAGGGACAAGGAUAGGCGGCGGCAGUAGGAGAGGACAAGCGGUGGUUGGAACAGAGAAGAUUGAGAUCGACGAGGACGAUGCGAUCGUGGCCAAGGCUAUGCAGGAGCGUCUCCGGAAAGCAGAACAAAUGGCAAAGAACAAUGCCAAUGCAAAGGCCCCCAACAAGCCCGACGCCCCGGAAGACAUCGUCGGCGUUGGCAGCUCGGCACACGGACAGAACCAUCUCGACAAGGGAGAGUCCAGCGAGACUGAGGAGCACCACGCGGUCCUGGAGGAACUUAGGAGCAUUCUCAAGAAGUCACCAAUCAUCAUUUUCUCCAAAAGCUAUUGCCCGUUCUCGAAGAAGGCGAAGAAUCUCUUGCUGAAUGACUACCAAAUCGAUCCUGCGCCCUACGUCGUCGAAUUGGACCAACAUGCAUUGGGCCCCGGAAUCCAGGCUGAGCUCGGCGAGAGGACAGGGAGGAAGACAGUUCCCAACAUUCUUGUCGGCGGGAUAAGCAUAGGAGGCUCCGACGACAUUGCCAAGCUUGACCAGGAAGAAACGCUGAUCGAGAAGAUCAUGUCACUGGCGGGGAAGCGACUCACAGUGACGAAGCACUCCAAAUCGGCUUAGGGUAUCGUGGCGCCAUAACGGCUUUCGGUUCGAGAGCAUGUAUCGAUAAUGGGAAGGAAGGAAUAAGACGCAUUUCACCGCAUUACUGGCGUUGACGGUUGUUUAAGGCCCAGGAGUUACCGCCAGCUACAGUCAAGGGGUGACUCCGAACACAACAUUUCUGUAGGCGACACCUUUAUACGGAGUGUCAAUACCUGCAAGAUCGAAAACCGUGGAAGAAUCGGCAUACACCUACCUGCCUUGGCCACUAGGUGA